AGUUUAACAAUGGCCACUGCCUCCUCUCUUCAUUUAACCCAAGAGGACAUCGGAAACAGCCCAAAGACCCACUGAGGGAGAUGGACAUUGUUUCCCAGAAGUAAAUACAGCUCAGCUUGUACUUUGGAACAAUUGUGAACCUUGCUACUUGCACAAUCUACUAGCAAAGGUUAUGCGGUGCCUGAACAUGAUCAUGGCAGAAUCACCGGGCCUCGUCACCAUCUGCCUUUUAGGAUAUCUACUCAGUGCUGAAUGUACAGUUUUUCUUGAUCGUGAAAAUGCCACCAAAAUUCUGAAUCGGCCAAAGAGGUAUAAUUCAGGUAAAUUGGAAGAGUUUGUUCGAGGGAACCUUGAGAGAGAAUGUAUAGAAGAAAAGUGUAGUUUUGAAGAAGCCCGAGAAGUUUUUGAAAACACUGAGAAAACUACUGAAUUUUGGAAGCAAUAUGUUGAUGGAGAUCAGUGUGAGUCCAAUCCAUGUUUAAAUGGUGGCCUGUGCAAGGAUGACAUUAAUUCCUAUGAAUGUUGGUGUCAAGUUGGAUUUGAAGGAAAAAACUGUGAAUUAGAUGCGACAUGCAGCAUUAAGAAUGGCAGAUGCAAGCAGUUUUGUAAAAAGGGCGCUGAUAACAAGGUGGUUUGUUCCUGUACUGCCGGAUACCGACUUGCAGAAGACCAAAAGUCCUGCGAACCAGCAGUGCCAUUUCCCUGUGGAAGAGUUUCUGUCUCAAACACUCGUAUGAAGUUCACCCGUGCUGAGACUAUUUUUUCCAAUAUGGACUAUGAAAAUUCUACUGAAGCUGAAAUAAUUUUCGAUAACAUCACUCAAAGCAACCAAUCAUCCAAUGAUGUCACUCGCAUUGUUGGUGGAGAAGACGCCGUAAGAGGUCAAUUCCCUUGGCAGGUCCUUUUGAGUGAUGAAAUUGAUGGGUUCUGUGGAGGUUCCAUCAUUAAUGAAAAAUGGGUUGUAACUGCAGCCCACUGUCUCAAACCUGGUGUUAAAAUUACUGUUGUCGCAGGUGAGCAUAACACCGAGGAGACAGAACCUACAGAGCAAAAGCGAAACGUGAUCCGUGCUAUUCCUCACCACAGCUACAACGCAUCUGUUAAUAAGUACAGCCAUGACAUUGCCCUUCUGGAACUGGAUGAACCCUUAAUGCUAAAUAGCUACGUAACCCCUAUUUGCAUUGCUGACAGGGAAUACACGAACAUCUUCCUCAAAUUUGGAUAUGGUUAUGUGAGUGGCUGGGGGAGAGUCUUCAACAGAGGGAGAUCGGCUUCAAUUCUUCAGUACCUGAAAGUUCCACUUGUUGACCGAGCUACAUGCCUCCGAUCCACAAAGUUCACCAUCUAUAAUCACAUGUUCUGUGCCGGCUUCCAUGAGGGAGGUAAAGAUUCAUGCCAAGGAGACAGUGGGGGACCCCAUGUUACCGAAGUGGAAGGUACCAGUUUCUUAACUGGAAUUAUUAGCUGGGGCGAAGAGUGUGCAGUGAAAGGGAAAUAUGGAAUAUAUACCAAGGUAUCCCGGUAUGUCAACUGGAUUAAGGAAAAAACAAAGCUCACUUAAAGAAAAAUGUAUUUCCAAGGCUGGUAUAUUUGGGAUUGAACAUGGACAAGGUCCUUUACUCACUAAUCACUUUCCCAUCUCUUUAGAUUUGAAUAUAUACAUUCUAUGAAUACUGCUUUUUCUCUUUACCGGAAGAAGUCUAACUAGAAUUCAUAUUUUACUAGAAUAAGUAGAUUAGAAAAUGUGAUCACUAGAGAAAUAUACUGUGGUGGGAAAUUGUGCCCAUUCCUCCAGGUCCAGCCCUUGACAGAACUGUGAAGUUAAGUUCUUCAUCCUGUGCAUCAGGCAUUAUGUUUCUCCACUGAGGCGACUCCCUGCUUCCCCGUCCUUAGCAGCAUUCCAUGUGCCAGAUCUUUCUCACCUCUCCCAUCAAAACGUUAAAAUGUAUUAGAUCCGUAUCCAGGAUAUUUGGUCUAGUCCAUCACAAGGCCAGCACCACACUCAAACAGGAAGAACACAGGAGCAGCUGACAGGUUAAAACUCAUGGAAAACCCUACUUUUUUUUUUCGGUACCCUUAUUCCUGCAUCCUUUGUCCUUGCCAACUCCUAAUCCCCAAAUCAGUUCUGCUCUUUCUCUCUCCCUCUCUCCCCUUUUCCUUACAUAGGCAUUAAAGGAGGAAAGGGGAACAUCAUACUGUUUUACUGCUGUGCACAAUUAUAUAUACCCAUCAAACCCAGACUUGCUCUCAGUUUGGUCUUGGACUUGCUUUUCAUCACAUAGGGAUGAAGUAAGGUGCCUGAACUUGGAGGAAAAGUUCCUCUCAGACAGUCACAUUAUUAAAAUACAUACAUAAUGGAAGGAACGACCCAUCAGAAUAGUUUCCUAAGGGCUUUAAUUGUGUUGUUAUGGAGGUUUGACUAGACAUGCUUCCAUGAAGGCAAACCGGCAUGUCAUUGCACCCUAGAAAGCGGACAUCAACCCAGGUGUUUUGUCCCCUGUCAGAACAGUCGGUUUGCAACUAGAGCUAAUAGUCUUCAAGAAAGAAUUUGUUGGUGUGUCUCCAGUGUUGUCCAGGGCUAAGGAAGAAGUUGCCCAGACCAGAGAAGAUAGGCAUCAUGCCUCCUCAACUGGUGUAUCACCACAGUGAAGAGGGAUGCACUCAUUCCAAUGAGCCAACCAACUCCCUUUUUCUGGUUCAUGCUCCCCAAGCCACUUUUUGAUUAUAAUUAGGCCUUCUAUAUUGUAUCUUCUAGAGGGUUACUAACCAACCAACACAUCAAUCACAUCAAUACUUCGAUCUGUUAGACUAUUUCCCUUUGUGAGUUAAACUGGUGUUCUGAUUCAGA